UAAUCAAUCAACAUGGCGGUUGAGUUUAUGUAGAACAAUUUCCUUGGUUGCAUUAGUUUGUUUCUAUUUGUGAGCUCAUUCUCAGACUUAAUUGCCUAAUUUGGAGUUAAUUGCUGAUUGCGACAAGAACGGUCUGCAACUCUAAACGUAGUAUAAUGAUAGAACGAGCAAUCUAAUCAUUAAGAUACCAGAGUUCGAUAUUGUUGACAUUGUUGGCACAUGGAUUAUAAUUUCAAGACUUCGUAAAAUAUCUUAAUGCAUGAAAAUGUGAAGUUUUUGGUGAUUGCUGAACUAGCGUAAUUUUAAAGUGGAUUAGUUCUUUACUGCAAGACUUGACAAACAUGUCAGCUAUUUCGUCGAUUACUGGAAUCAUUAAGAGACUUCCACGACCACCAGUCGUUCAACGUUCGAAUUCGACGUAUUUUUCAGAAGUCAAGAAGUCAUUCUCUGGACAUUUCAGUAGCAUCAAAGUCGAAAGAAAAGCGAAUGAUUUUUGGAGUCGAAGAGGACCAACUGUUCUUUCAUAUCGUGGGCUUGCUAAUCAUGGAGGUUUAGCUUUAUGGCAGUCUUCUUCGUGCAUCAGACCUCAAGCCCACGCGAACUUCUUGAAAAUGAGUACUCGUAACAGUUACAAAGAACCGUGGAUGAUGUCUGAUGAGGAAGUUAGGGAUAUCAUAACAGAAAAUGAAUGUGCAGGUAAACUUCAGCUGGGAAUUGUAAGCAAAUUCGAAUCAAACUUGUUGCCAUCUAAUAAUCCAACAGAGGAUCGAAGGUUUGUGACCAAAUUACUGCAAGACAGAGAUGCCUUUCUGUUUGGUGUUUUGGAUGGCCACGGCGGAAGCAGCUGUGCUCAUAAUGUUUCUCAACGCCUCUCAGACUACAUAGGACUGUCACUGCUUCCGAAUGAAAUUCUUUUGGGACCAAUGUUGAAGAAGUUUCUUUGCUCCGAGCACCUCCUUGUGUCAAACUCCCCAAGUAAUUACUAUUACAGGGAGGAUCCUGUUUGCUAUGAAAGCCUUAAAGCUUACUAUUUGGAGCUGCGUAGGAUACAAAAGAGACAUGAUGUCAGUGGAACCAUGGCUCCUACUUUUGUGCACCUUCAGGAGACUCAUGGACACAAGAGAGCAGUUGUAGAUGCAAAAGAGGAACAAGUCUCUCAGACAAUGGGGGCUAUUUCUAGAGCUUUUCUGAGACUAGAUGAAGAUUUGAGUUAUGAAGCAUCAAUUGAAGGGGAGAACAAAGAAGCAGAAGAACACAGAUUUAAAGCAGCUACCUCAGGAGCUUGUGCUUUGGUGGCAUAUGUGAAGGGAACUGAACUUACUGUAGCCAACUGUGGAGACUGUCGUGCAGUACUUGGUGUACAAAGCGAGGAUGGGCAGUGGUCAGCAUUACAACUGUCUACUGAUCAUACAGCCCGUAAGUGUAAUUUUGUUUUGUUGACAAGACUGCCAUCCAGUCAGCUCAUUGACCUUUUUUGUCACUAUGAGCUCUGAGAUUACUUUAGUGAUUGGGAGAGAGCCAGUCUGUGAUGCAGAGUAUCCAUUGUAAUGCUUUAUAAUUUCAUUAUGGAUCUCUGAGUGUGUUUUCUUUUUUUAGUCAUUACCCAUCUUUGAUGUGUGAAGGCCUGUUACAAUUGAUUUGUAUGGGUUAAACAUUUCUUCUGUAGUUGUCUCUGAGAAUUUGGUUUGAAAUCAAACUGUGUCCCCCAGAUAACAUUUGCACCUUAUAAUCUACAUGUAUCUACUUGUUACUUCUAGGUCAUUCAUGCAGUGAAAGGGUUAAAGCCUUCUUUGCCUGAAUGAAUCACAUUAGUACUCUAUCAAUAACUGUCUGGGUGAUUAAUAUAGGACUUAACUUUUCUUAAUGCUAAAUAAUGAAAAAGUUUAUUUGAGAGUAUAUAGGGUUGUCGUCUCUAACCCACUCGUUCUAUCAGCUGGUCAUAGAAACAGAUGGUUUUUAGCCUUCUGUGCCAACAGCUCCCCAAAAGCAAACUACAAUCUUGAUUUUAAAGUGUUUUGUUGUACAUUUUGUUUAACCCCUUAACCUCAGAGAGUAAUUAGCUUCUAACUUCUCACUAAGGUGUCACUGGUGAAUCAAACUUAGGCUCAUUAAAACUGAAGGUUAGAAUGAUUACAAUUUUAUAAAGCUGGUGAUUUUCAGCUUAGUUUUCCUUAUCAGUGCUAUAGGAAAUGUGUAGAGAACAACAUGGGGAAUGCACAUGCCGAUAUUAGGUUGUAAAAGCUUAAUUCCUAAGCAUUAGGUAAUUUUAGUCUGUAAUUAAUGAUUUCACAUUUGCUCUGUCAGGCAAUCCAAGGGAAGUUCAACGAGUACUGAGUGAACACCCACCAGAAGAGGCUUCCACUACUCUCAAAUAUGAAAGACUUUUAGGCCGCCUUGCUCCAUUAAGAGCAUUUGGUGAUGUGAGAUUCAAAUGGAGCAAGGAAAAACAAGAGGAAGUGUUUAAUCCAAAAGGAGAUAAAUCAUUUGCCGAUAUGGCAGAAUUUCUUACUCCACCCUACCUUACUGCUGAACCAGAAGUGACAUCAUACCAGCUACAACGCACAGACAAAUUUCUUAUUCUUGCCACUGAUGGUUUAUGGGAUAUGCUUAGCAAUGAAGAAGCUGUGGAAUUUGUAAAAGAAAAUUUGCAAAAACACAAUUCAGACCCUGAAAUCCAAGACAGGGAAUCAAUCUUGGAUUUGAAAAACUCAGCCUCUUGUUUGAUCAAGGAAGCCCUUGGUGGUGAAGAUCUCUUUUCUGUCAGUAUGAGCUUAAGUCUACCAUACCCUGAUGUGCGCAGUUACCGAGAUGAUAUCACAGUUACUGUGGUGCAUUUUGAUUGGAGCAAUGUUGCAUUAGAGUAGGCACAUGCUAAGGGACUAGGAACUGGGCUUCCAACAGGCACAGUAAAUGAGCAGAUAAUAGGUGCUAGGUUGUGUAAUUUCAGGCAAUUUACCUGUGAGCACUUAUCAUAAGUUGUGCAAACAUCUCUAAUUUCACAGUAAUGACCUAAUUACCUUGAAUGUCUAAGAUUUGAUUGAAAAUUUUCCUUUCUAGUGGCUAAUUGUUUCAGUGUAAAUUAGUAAAGAGAAUUUGGUGUCAUGUCUGAAUAACACCCACCAGAUGAUCUGUUUGUUUUUCUCAUCAUCUGCCUGCCGAAAUGUGUAUUAGGAGAUGUCUGGAGAAGAUACAUCUUGAUCACAAACUGGAAUGAAAAGGUUUAAUAAGGAACUGAUCUUGUGUUAAAAAAAGGCAGUUCUGUUGUGGUCAUGCAAGUAAUUAGAAUUAUUUCAAAUUCUGUGAUGCAAAUAAUUUAAUCAGAAUGUUUGCUUCACCUCGGAAAGUUGGAAGAAGUUUGUGAUGUUUUACAGAUGUACUUCAAAAUAUUGAGAGAAAAAUUUGAUGUUGCAGGCUUGCUGCUAAAUUAUAAAGAAAUUCUGGAUUUAUUUUCAUGCUUGCUUGGAAAAAUCAGAAAAUGUUAAUGAUAACUUGAAACCAAGGAGAGCAGUUUUUUGCUCAAGGCUGUUUAAGAAGUUAAAUCACUUAUUUGCAGGUAGGGAAUGUAAUUUUUUGUAUAUACCUUGUACUCAUCAAUGAUCACCAAGAACAGACAGGCAAACAAAAUUUUCGGUGGGUUCCAACAGAUGGGACCAACGAAGAAGAGUAAGGAAAAGUUUUAAGUUGUACAUGUAACUGUUAUCUUUUCAUUAAUAAAGGAAGUGGAGAUGAGAAAGAGAAAG